AGUUUCCCAUUUCCCUUAUUUUUUAACAAACUGGAGCAGUCUGCUGCAGAGUAAGAUUGUGCUAUCACACAAAGCUCCUUAAAUCUGACAGGUUGGCUUGUAAUUUCACCUCCUUGUGGCACAGCUGCAGCAGCAUUAGCACUUGGGUUUGUUGUCAGCUCUUCAGGCAGAGAAACAUUUUAUGUAAAUCCAUCAAAAGAGCUUCAACUCUGGGUUGUUGAGCCCACAGGUCAUGAGAGCAGGAUGCUAUCAUCGUCACCCUGUGAUUUUUUUUUUUCUGCCGGUGUCACAGACUGUGCUUUGAACCUCCCUCCUCUCUAGUGACAGCUGCAGAAAAUCCUGGGCUUAUUCUUUUUUUGAACGGCAGCUUUGGGAUUCCUUUGGACGAUGAGUGGAGCGUUUGGACCAAAACCGAAUCCCUCUGAGUCAUCCUUUUUACCAUCUGUGUGUCUGCACGUCCAUGCUUUUGGAAAAACUCAAAACACUGAGCCAAAUAAUGACCAUUUAUGUCAACUGAAAUUCUGCCGAUUGUGAGGUAUCCAGGCAGACAAACAGAACAGAGGGGGGAGAAACGAGGAGGAGGGACUGGUGGCAUCGCUCAAUAGAUUCCUCAUGCAUGCCUGGUUUUUCCGGCCAGCUUUAGUCGGGCUUCCUCUGGACGAUGGCCUCCUCUGCAGCGUGGAUGCUGUGGAUUCUGUCUGCGGCUUUCACCUCUCCGGAGAACGCUGCACUCCGGGUCUUGGUGAGGGAGUCCAGCCUGGAGGUGGUCAGAGGGGAUGUUGUUAUCCUCCCCUGCUCCUUCUUCACCUCCUCCCACCUCUCCAGACUCAACAUCAUCUGGACCAUGGCUCCUCUCUCCAGUCCAGACAGUCCCGUACAGGUGAUCGUGUUUGACCACGGCCAGGUGAUCGAGAACCCCUCCCUCAUAAGCAGGGUGGCUUUUGCAGGUCUUCCUGUGAGUGCGGACAUCUUCCUCAACGACACUCGAGUGUCGGACGCUGGAGUCUACAGAUGCAUGGUGAACAACCCCCCCGAGGCUGCAGAUCCCGGCAUAGGAGAGCUGGUGCUGAAUGUUCUGGAGCCGCCCUCGUUGCCCGUCUGCCAGUGGGAUGGAGAUCUGGAGCUGGGAGGCAGCGUCAGGCUGUCCUGCUCGGUGGCAGAGGGGGUCCCCGCUCCGGAUAUCCGCUGGGCCAAGGUGGACCCCGAGGAAAUCCCACUUCCUGUCAACAGGGAGGGGGAAUUUUCCGGCUCAGUGCGGAUUGUGAACGUGUCCUCUCAGAUGUCGGGUCUGUACCGAUGCUCGGCCUCCAACGUCCUUGGAACGGAGAACUGCUACAUCAACCUGUCCAUCUACAGCACUCCAGACGGUCCCUCCGGCCUCCUGCAGGCCGUCCUGCUGACGCUGGCCAUGAGCCUGCUGCUGCUGGCUCUGCUGAUGCUCAUCCUGUGGCUUCAUCGCACCGGACAGGACGGAAGACGGCGAGGGAGGAAAGCGGAAGAGGAGGGGUGUUAUAAUGAAAUACGGUACACCCCCUCACUGAUGAAACGCUCCUUUGUCUGAUUCCUCACUGUAAAAAAAAUGUAAUCCUGAGUUCUUGUAUGUCUGGAAAUGUGUCACUGACUAGUUAUUUUGAAAUAAACAAUCAACUUCUGACUGUUGUGCUUUUAAUGCUGAAAAGAUCAGAGGACUUCAACGUGAAGUAGCACAAAAACAUCACAUCUAUCUGUUAGAACGUUCAAGUUUAACAGUUUAGAAAUCAACCAGGUCAGGUCAGGGAAGGACUGGAAAGAAAUGUAGAAAAGCUCUCUGGAAUGAGAGUAGAGAUUUAUUUGUGAUGCAGGAAAAUGUGUAUGAAGUUAGUCCAUAGUUUUUGGCGGUUAAGCUUUGGACCAAUGUCGUCUUGCAGGCGAAGGAUAAACUCAGAUCAUAAAUAAAUAAGCCCCAGAGCCUUAACGCUGAUGGGGAUUAAAGAUCAGACCAAAGCUUUAUUCCUGGUGAAGAACAGAACUGAGAUUCUAGAGCGGAGGUGGGCAAAUUUUGAGUUCAUGGGCCUCAUAAGGUUGUAAAAUUUGACAGAAGCGCUGGACCAUGAGCAGAUGCGUCUUGUUAAUCUACCUCUUUAAGAAAAAAAAAAGAAAAGAAAAAAAAAA